AUAUUUGAUGAUUUGAUCAUUCUUUUAUAACAACAACAACAACAAAAAAAAUUGAUCAUUCAGAAUCAAAUCAUAACAAAGAUUAAUUGUAAAGAAUAACUGGUGAAUUAAGAAUAAUUAUCUACCAAUGGACCAUUUCGAUUCAUCGAUGAUCGUAACAACGACAAAUCCAUUUAGUAAUGAUGCAGACUAUAGACAUCUAAAGACUAAUUCUGCAAUUGAUUCACCUAAAAAUUUAUCGAACAAUUCUGCUAAUGAAACUGAUACAAAGGUUAUGUUAUUAAAUAAAAAUGAUGAUGAUAAAGAUGCUAUUGAUUCAUACAAACAUGAUUCACAUUCAAAUCAAUAUAAUAAUGUUUCCGGACAAAAUGAUGAUCAUGAAGUGGAACCAUCACGUCCUUCGAAUCAAACAACCGUUUCUUCACGUCCAAGUCGGAGUCCCAAUAAUAGCCGUCAUAGACGUACUGAUUCACGAUCAACUGGUAGUAAUAGCCGAAGACGUCGACAUCAUAGAUCAUCUUCAUAUCGAUUUCGUAGUCGGCGUUCAGAUUCAGAUGAUGAUGAUGAUUCUGAAGACGAUGAUGACGGCGAUAAUAUCAAUUAUGAUGGACGUGAUAAAGAUAGCGAUGAUGAUGAUCAUACGAAUUCAAGUCAACAAUCUAAUGAAGAUGAUGAUACAGACGAAGAUAGUGAUGAUAGUGAUCAUCGCCAUCGACGAUAUCGUACCCAUCGUUCAUCAGCACGAAAUCAUCAAACAUUGUCAACAGUGAUGGACCCUCCAUCUAACAACAUGAACAUGAAUCGAAAUCGCCAUCAUCAAUCGUCAUGGAGUAAUAAUCGAAACUUUAAUAACAACAAUAGCCAUGGUAGCGGUAAUGCUCGCUGGACGUCUUCAUCAUCUAAUCAUCAUAGAAAUCGUCAACAUAACAAUAAUAGUAAUAAUAAUAAUCGUCAUCGAUAUCAACAUCGUCAUCGGUCUUCGAAUGAUCGUAACAAUCAUCAUCAUCAUUCGCAUUCAUCGCAUGGAUCUUCAUAUACUCAACAGCAACAACAAUCUCAAUAUAAUGCAAAUAGUCCUGGGCCAUCGCCAUCAUUGUCAUCGACGGUGGUGGCAGCAACUGAUGUGACCACCUCCGCUAGCGGUAACGAAAAUAUCUAUCAGCAACAACAACAAACAAUUUCAUCAACCGUAUUGGCCCAAAAUCAGCUCCAAUCGAAUUAUUUUGCUGUUGCAGCUGCCACCGCUAUCGCUGAGCCAUACAAUCCAGAAGAUGCCAUUUUCAAUCAAACACAAUUAAUGAAUUAUCGUUCUGCUAAUAUAAUGACAAAUGCUAAUCAACUACAGCCAGCCCUACAACCAAAUAAAAUGCGACAUAGACAUCUGGUUAGCGUAUCAUUAGUCGGCAAUGAUGAGGAUGAUAAUAGUAAUCCUCCGACGAAUAAUUCUACUAACGUAAAUCAUGAUCACCAUCAACAGCAACAACAAGAAAAUAGUUUAAUUAGUAACACUCACAAUAUUGAAUUAACUCGAACUUGUGGCUAUGGUGGCCUGCCUCAACAACAUUCACAACAUCAGUUGGAACAGCACCAGAAAAAUCCACAACAUCAGAAUCGUCGCAAUAAUCAAAGAAAUAAUAAUAAUCAACAACGAUUCGACAGUUCAAACAACAAUACAAAUAAAAAGAAUCGAUCAUCAACUUUGUUGAUACAAAAGAUACCACCCCACCAGAAUCGUAUUGAUUUAUUAAACGAUCAUUUUCAAAAGUUUGGAUCGAUUGUCAAUAUUAAAGUUGGCUGCGCCGGUAUUACCGAUUCAGUCGAUGGAGAAAAAUUAGAUCCAGAAUCAGCAUUAAUCCAAUAUUCAUCGCCAUUUGAAGCGAAUCGAGCAUAUCGUUCUACUGAACCAGUUCUAAACAAUCGUUUUAUUAAAGUCUUCUGGGCUCGAGACCGUGAACAAUCAGAAGGUUCUAACAACAAUAACCAUAAUAAUGUAUCGAAUAAACGAAAAUUUCCAUCCAAUGAUAUGACAUCUGGUAAUAACAAUCAACAACAACAAGCAUCCCAACAGGAUCUUCGUGCUGAGAUAACAAAAAUUCAGAUGAAAAAAUUUAAACAAGGUCCACAGCAUCAACAACAAGAACCUAUACCACCGGCAAAAAAAGUAGUAUUUAAUGCGGCAGCUGUCGCCGCUGCACGUAAACGUCGAACGAUAUUGAUGCAACGAUAUCGUCAGCAAUCUGAUGAAUUGAACCGAAAACUUCGAGAAUUACUGCUCAAUCAGCGCCAUUUAAUGACCAAAUUAGAAGAACUAAAACAAAAUUCAACAGAUACCAGUAAACAACAACAAGGAUUAAAAAAAUUAAUCGAAACAAAUAUGGAACGUAUAACAGAAAUGCAACAAAAACAACUACAAUUACAACAAAUGAUCAAAACAACAUCAUCGGAUAAUCUUUUGACUAAUUCGGCAACCAAUCGUGUGUACAACAAUAAGAAAAAGCGAACAUCAACACUAACUACGAAUGAUACAGUCGUUGUUGAUUCGACAGAUAUCGAAAAUGUAGAAAAAAUUGAAUCGAAUCCUAAUGUUUUACCAAGCCAUAUUAACGAUAAACCGGAAGAUGAUGAAGAAAAUAUAAUCGAUGAAGAAGAUAUGAUAGAUGAUGAGGAUGAAGAAGAAGAAGAAGAAACUGAUGAUGAUGAUGACGAUGAUGAUGAUGAUCCUGAUGAAGAAGUAUAACAAAUAAUUAAUUCCAUCUCUUUAUUAUUCAAUUCAAAAAAUAUCUUUUUAUUUGUUCCAUUAUUUUGUGAAAAUAUAUUACAUGAUGAUGAUGAUUAAAUCGACUCGUGAAAAAAAAUCAACAUAUAAUAUCUCUAAUAUUUCUAUUAAAAUCUUCACCUUUUUUUUAAAAAAAAAACUUUGAAUUAUGGAUUGGCGAUUAUGAAUUGUACACAACUAAACAUAAAUUUUAAUUUAAUUAUAUUAUUUUCUCUAAAAAAAAAACAAACUAAACAAAAAAUUGUACACAUUUGAUUUAUUUGUUGGAAUUUGGAUAAAAGAU